GCCCCGGCCCCGCCGAGCGCCGCAGGCAGCCGGGGGCCGCCGCCGGUGCCUCGGGGCCUGGGCAGUGCCGCGUUCCCUCCCCGCUCCCCGCCCGGAGCAGCCAUGGCCGCCCCCGGCUCCUGACGAGAAACUCUCCCGAGCCAAACUGCGGCGUUUCGCGGGUGGUGUGGAGCUGUGUGUGCUGCCAGCCCGCUAGCUGGUCGUCUGCCUGCCGGUGGGACAGUGGGGAGCCAAGUUCUGCCCUCAGCCAGAUUUCCAUAUGUUGUGAAGUACAUGCAUUUAUUUCUGCCUUAAAAUUACUGAUGCCAAUGCUUGCUAUGGCAUCUGUAGCUUCACCGGUUAUAUUUAAGGAGUUUUGUCCCUUAUAUUAUCUACUCAAUGCCAUUCCAACAAAGGUCCAAAAAGGCUUUCGCUCUAUUGUGGUAUACCUCACAGCGCUUGAUACCAAUGGAGACUACAUUGCAGUGGGGAGCAGCAUUGGGAUGCUUUAUCUCUACUGCAGACAUUUAAACCAGAUGAAAAAAUAUAAUUUUGAGGGGAAAUGUGAAUCUAUUACUUUUGUAAAGCUCUUGAGUUGUUUUGAUGAUCUAGUUGCUGUUGGUACAGCCUCCGGUCGGGUUGCAGUUUUUCAGCUUGUGUCGUCAUUGCCUGGGAGAAACAAACAGCUUCGGAGAUUUGAUGUUGCUGGUAUCCACAAAAGUAGCAUUACAGCUUUAGCUUGGAGUCCCAAUGGAAUGAAGUUAUUUUCUGGAGAUGACAAAGGGAAGAUUGUCUACUCUGCCCUAGACCUAGACCAGGGUAUUUGCAACUCUAGCCUUGUGUUGGAAGAGCCAUCUUCGAUCGUCCAGUUGGAUUACAACCAGAAAGUGCUGCUUGUCUCGACUUUACAACGAACUGUACUUUUCUACACAGAAGAGAAAUCUGUCAAGCAAGUUGGAACACAGCCCAGAAAAAACAGUGGCAAAUUUGGAGCAUGUUUUAUACCUGGCCUAUGUAAACAGACUGAUUUGACGCUAUUUGCUGCCAGACCUGGACUUCGCCUCUGGAAGUCUGAUGUUCAUGGAACUGUUCAGGCCACAUUUAUAUUGAAAGAUGUAUUUGCUGGAGGAAUAAACACUUUUGAAUUGUAUCCACGUUUGGAAACAUUCAGCAGAGGAAGUUAUAGCUCCCCAGAAAAACAACUUGGGCUUGUUUCAUGCUUUUUCCGAGAAGGAUGGGUGCUGACCUGGAAUGAAUACAGCAUCUAUUUAUUAGACACUGUGAACCAGGCUUUGAUUGGUGGCUUGGAAGGAUAUGGUGAUAUUGUGUCUGUGUCCUGCACGAACAAUGAGAUUUUUCUCUUAAAGGGAGACAGAGACAUAAUAAGAAUUUCAAGUAGACCAGAAGGACUGUCAUCAAUAGUUUCAGAUGUGAAUUCCAAAGUGCUGAAUCCUUUAACAGAUACGAGUCCUAAUUUGCUGACCCCGUUAUCAGUAGUUGCAUCUGUAUCAUCUAGCCCUUCAGUGGAAACAGAUAAAAAAAGGGUUACUUCCCCUUCAGGUAUUGGUGAUAAGAAUGACUCUUAUUCUUUAGCGAAAGAUAAUCUGGAAACUCCAACGCUAUUGGAAAAAAGCUUUGAUAGAGUGGGAGACUUGAGCAAUGAAACAAGAAAAAGGGGCUGCUCUGUAGCAAGCGAGUCAAGAAGCAGGAGCAGCUCAGUAAACUCUGUGGACAGUGGCUCUAGUUUUAUGAUAUGUGCAGACUCAGAAGCUCAGAGGGAGUGUCAUCUUUCCUCACAACGGUUCAGCACUAUCAGCUCUGAAGAUUUUGAUCAAGAACUCAUUGUAAAGCCCAUUAAAGUGAAAAAGAAAAAGAAGAAGAGACAAGAAAGUGGGACCAAAAGAAACCAUGGCUCUCUGGAAGGUACGCCAAGUUACGAGCGUCAGCUUUCUGGUGACAGUCCACAUUCGUUGACUGCAGAUUCAUUUUCCAUGACAUCUAGCCUAAUGAGUGGCAGCAUUGAUCAUUUGAGUACUGGGUCUCCAGAUCAGGAAAGCAUGUUCAGUGUGGAGUCCCAUACAAUCUUGCAAGAAGAUAAUGGCUCAGAAACCUUCAGUGUCCUACAGUCUCCUGAAUCUGCAACUGAGCUAAUUCAUGAAGAAAAUGGAGAUACAGUUAAUGUCCAGAAACUUCCAAACAGUGACAGUGGCAUGGGUACAUCAACGGUUAUAGAUACGUUGACAUCUGUCUCCCCUCUAAUUGUCACAGAAGACUUGACAAACAGUGUUGAUACUGAAAAUAAUCGUAGUGUGCUUUCUGCAAGCAAUGAAUGCUGUCUUGGAAAGCCGAGCCAAGAAGGUCAGGAUUUUAGUGCAUUGUGUAAAAUAGAUGAAAAUUUAGAUAAAAUGAAUCUGCAGGAUACUGAAAAGCCUUUUGAAGAGCCAGACCGUACAGACCAAAUGGUUUUGGAAUCUAACAGUGUACUUGGUAUUCAGACAUCACUGCCACCAAAGGAAAGUGAUGAAACUGGUAGCGAAGACCAACAGCAAUAUUCUCUAAUACGCAGUGCUCUGUCAGAUCCUUCUGUUCUCCACUUUGACAUCUCUAAAGAUACUGAUUCAGAGAACACUUCACUUUCUGGAUGGAAUUUUGAAAGUGCAAUCAAAGCUAAAUCUAGUACUAGCACUGCUGAAUGGGUAACAAACACUCCUGAAAGUAAGACAGAGAAAUCUGCCUCAAGUGAUGAAGAGGAGGAUAUUUAUGGACAUGGAUUGCCGUAUUCAUCCUCGGAGACUAGCAUGCCUGAAGUUGGUGCUGAGCCUGGUUCCCAGGAUGUGUCCAGGAUAAGCCUAGAUGAAACGGUGCUGUUAAAAUCUGAUCAGUUUGCAGAGAGCUGGAUGGGAUACUCUGGCCCUGGCUAUGGCAUCCUGAGCCUGGCCGUCUCGGAAAAGUAUAUUUGGUGCCUGGACUACAGAGGCAGCCUGUAUUGCAGUGCUCUCCCGUCUGCUGGACUGCGGUGGCAAAAGUUUGAAGAUGGUGUCCAGCAGGUGGCAGUUUCCCCCUCAGGGGCACUUCUCUGGAAGAUUGAACAGAAGACUAACAAAGCAUUUGCUUGUGGAAAAGUAACUAUAAAAGGAAAACGCCACUGGUAUGAGGCUUUACCCCAGGCUGUAUUUGUAGCCUUAAGUGAUGACACUGCCUGGAUCAUCAGAACAAAUGGAGAUUUGUAUUUGCAAACAGGCCUGAGUGUGGAUCGUCCUUGUGCCAGAGCAGUAAAGGUUGAUUGCCCUUAUCCACUGUCGCAGGUUACCUCCAGAAAUAACGUUGUAUGGGCACUGAGUGAGCAACGGGCCCUGCUAUACCGGGAGGGAGUACGCAGCUUUUGUCCUGAAGGAGAGCAGUGGAAGAGCGAUAUUGUCAGUGAAAUGCAAGCUUUGGAACCAGUGUGUAUAACCCUUGGAGAUCAACAGACAUUAUGGGCUUUGGAUAUCCACGGAAAUCUGUGGUUCAGAACUGGUAUAGUUUCAAAGAAACCACAAGGAGAUGACAACCACUGGUGGCAAGUAAGCAUCACCGAUUAUGUAGUGUUUGACCAGUGCAGCCUGUUCCAGACUAUAAUCCAGGCAACUCACACAGUGGCAACAGCAGCUCAGGCACCUGUAGAGAAGGUGGCUGACAAACUUCGAAUGGCAUUUUGGUCACAGCAGCUUCAGUGUCAACCCAGCCUUCUUGGAGUUAAUGGCAGUGGAGUCUGGAUCUCUUCAGGCAAAAAUGAGUUCCAUGUAGCAAAGGGAAACUUAAUAGGCACUUACUGGAAUAACAUUGUGCCUCGUGGUACCGCUUCUGCCACAAAAUGGAUUUUUGUGUUGGCUUCUGCAGCUUCAUCUAAAGAAGGAAGCUUUUUGUGGCUGUGCCAAAGCAACAAGGAUCUGUUUUGUGUCAGUGAUCAGAAUCCUCAGUUUCGUCCUUCUACGGUGCAGCUGCCACCGGAGGUUGAAAUGGUGCACUAUUCUGCCUGCCAGGAUGCCAUCUGGGGUUUGGAUAGUCUUGGGCAGAUAUUUAUCAGAACGCUUUCAUCCAGCUGUCCAACAGGGAUGCAUUGGACAAAAUUGGAUCUCUCUCAACUAGGUGCCAUAAAGCUGAUCAGCUUGUCCUGUGGAAAUCAGCAUGUUUGGGCCUGUGACACCAGUGGUGGUGUUUAUUUCCGUGUAGGAACCCAGCCUCUUAACCCGAGUUUGAUGCUUCCUGCAUGGAUAAUGAUUGAGCCACCUAUACAGCCAGUAGGAGUCAACUUGGUCAGCAUUCAUUCGAGUCCAAAUGAUCAGAUGUUGUGGGCAAUUGAUAGCAAAUGGAACGUCCACGUACGAGUGGGAAUCACAGAAGAAAUGCCUGUAGGCACUGACUGGGAGCAUGUACCAGGUUUGCAGGCAUGUCAGCUGGCUAUAAGUACAAGGACUGUUUGGGCGCGCUGUCCAAAUGGAGAUGUAGCUCGUCGAUAUGGCAUUACUGACAAGAAUCCAGCAGGAGACUACUGGAAGAAGAUUCCUGGAAAUGUCUCACGUUUAACAGUGACCCCUCUAGAUGAACUGUGGGCAAUCAGCACUUCAGGAUCCCUUCUCCAGCGCCUCACCAAGACCUUUAGCCAUUCCCAUAAUUUGCAGAAAAAUAACGAUACUUCUGUUCUGCUUCAUCCUGAUGAUUUUGAAGAUGAAUGGGAAGUGAUAUGAAGUCUUUCAAGCUUAUGAAGCAGUGAAAAAAAACAGAA